UGUUACGCGCUGACGCACGCGCGGCCGCGGGGCCUGGCGGGAGGAAGGCCGAUGGCUGCGCUUUUCCUGGUGAUGUUGUUUGAGUACUCUCCGCUGUUCUACAUUACCCUCAUCUUCGUUUGCUUUGUCGUGACGACGGCUGUGAUAUUAGGAUGGUUUGUUUGGGACAUUCCUGUCAUAAUCCGCAACUCCGAGGAGACCGAGUCCGGAGUCCCGGUGCAGAAGAAGCGAAUGGUGCAAGUGACCAACCCCUUUGCGCUGGAUGUGGCGGAUCCGCUUUCGGCGUCGGUGACAGGUAGAAUAAGCCUAAAAUCUCACUGUAUAGAGAAAUGUCUUUUGACCACCUACUGGGGAUGCAGUGUUCAGAAACUCCAAGAAGGAUUGCAGAAACACAUUUACAGUUCCAGAAUAAAGGAGCCAAAUAAUCUAGAAGAGGCAAUAGAUGGAGAAUACCUGCAUCGAGAACAAUUUCUGAUUGAAAAAGAAAGGACUGAUAAAAGGUACUCUCAGUUGCCUAAAAAUUCUUUGAUUAAAGAUUUUGGGAAUCUCCCUCGAACACGAUAUCCACUGGUUGCAAUGUUGACAUUAGCAGAAGAGGAAGACCGAGAAGUUUAUGAAAUUGUUUCUCUGGUGACUGUAAUUCACAUCCCCGAUGAAAAAUAUGAACUCACGUGCCGAAUCUUGUAUCAAUAUCUGCUCACUGCCCAAGGUCAUGUAUAUGACCUUAAGAGGCUUUUUAUAUCAGCUGAUGACCACAGUCUUCCUUCAGCCAAGCCUUCGGAAAAGGAUGAACGGACUAAAAAAAUUUUGGAAACAUUUGAGACCACAGAAGACCUUGAUUCCCAUGACGAAAGCAGUAAGGAUUGCGUUGUGUGCCAGAAUGCUCCUGUAAACUGGGUUUUGCUGCCCUGCAGGCACACCUGUUUGUGCGACCAUUGUGUAAAGUACUUCAAGCAAUGCCCCAUGUGUCGGGAGUUUGUCAGAGAAUCGUUUGCUCUCUUAGGUCUGCCAGUAAGAACAGAGAUGCAGUGUGGUGCAGCUGAAGAUCAAGUUGAAAAUCAAAUGGUUGUUGAUGACUGGGGAGAUGUAGAUGAGGAAGAAAUCCACAAUGGUGUAAAUGAAUGGCUUGAACUUUAAAAUAAAACAUUGAUUUUGCAAUA